UUUCUUCCGUAUUCGCUUUGUUUACUUUCAGCAAGCAAGUCGGCUAGACCUACACAGUUCGGCCCGGUUUGAAUUGUUAAUGCAUUCGUUUUUUCAGCGUUGCACAUUAUUUUUUACUAAUAAUACUGUACACGUUUAUCCUUACAUUAACAAAAUGUCUCUAGACAUCGCAGCAAUUGGUGCUCAGAAAGUUAAAGGAAUUCCAAGCGGGGAAUCCGUGGAGAUGAAGAGUUUCUGGCAGGACCAGAACACGGUGAUCAUCUUCUUCAGACGCUGGGGCUGCGUGUUCUGCCGGCUCUGGGCAAAAGAACUGGCUGAAAUAGCCCCAGUUCUGAAGAAGCAUGACAUCAAGCUGGUUGGAGUGGGGGUGGAAGAGGUGGGAUCCAAGGAGUUCGUCGAUGGAAACUUCUUUGAUGGAGACCUGUACUACGUGGAAGACAUGUCGACCUACCGGAACCUGGGCUUCAAGCGGUUCAACACCAUCAGCAUCUUAACCUCGCUGUUUUGGAAGCAGUCGAGAGAUGCCAUCUCUAAGGGGAAGAGCAUGGAUCUUGGCGGGGAUCUGAAGGGGGAUUGGGUGCAAACUGGAGGGGCAUUGUUGGUCAAAAAGGGGGGAGAGGUGGUGAAGCAUUUCGUUCAGACGGGGCCGGCGGAACAUUAUCCGAAUAAGGAUAUUUUGCAGGCGUUUGGUUUGGAGCACGAGUACAACCCAGAGACCAUGGCAAACAAGAAACCAGAUGCGAAUGCUUGCCCGAGGCGAAAUCCUAACUUCUGGCAGAAGCUGCACUCUAUAUGGGCGGAGCGUCGUUGCAAGCGAAGGAUUAAUUUAACACAAUAGUUACACGUUUUGGUUAGUACUAAAAAUAUGCAAACUAUCACAUAUAUACUUCUGAAUAUUCACCAAAUACUCGGUUACUUACGUACACAGUAUUAGCAUUCUGCCGCUAUACUUACUCAACCUCGUAUCUGCAACACUCAUUUGAUGACAAAAACACCCGUAUUCCGAAUGAAAGAAAAGCGACAUUUCCAUAAAAUGAUUGUUGUAGAUAUGAGGUUGAGUAAGUAUAGCGACGAUUCGGUGCUCCAGUCAGAUCCAACAAAACGGACCGAAACAUGUCGAGCGUUUAUUCGACUUAAUAGUACGUGAGUAAAUAAUUUUAAUAUGUUUGAGUCUCACGGGAGUUUUAUAGUUGAAUUUACACUCAAAUUAGUAGUUGUUAAAAGAAAGGUAAAUUAACAGUUACGCUUCAAAUUCUACGCAUUCUCAAUAGUUCAUUAUUUUACAAACAAAAUAAAUAUUUUUCAUGGUAAAUAAACACAUGAGACGGAAUUGUCAAAGCGUGAAAUUUUAAUUGCAAUGUCAUAUAGUACGUAGAAACGUUGAAACGUAAUUAAACUACGUCAUAUAAUAUAUAUUAUCAACGUUUUGAAUUAUUAUAGUAUUUUUAUAUUUCGUAGGCUGGUAUAAAAAAGGAAUAUGUUAAAGAAUUAGGGCUAUGUGAAAUAAAUUUUCUUAAGGGUGAUUGGGUCAUAAAUAUUGGUUUACCAAAAUGCUUGAAGGCUUAAGGCUGUGUGUAAAUGAUUAAAUGGAUGACUGGCCUUAAUGUUGACUGGAUGAAAAAUGUUAAGAUUUAUAAAUUGUUUAAAUAUUUAAGGCUUAAAAUUAUUGAAGACUAUGGGAAAUAUAUUCAAUUAAGGUAAGAAGAAAAAUAUAUAAAAAGGUUUGUCCAGGCAUGUAAGUUGUAAGUUACGAGUGUAUUUUUAAUCAGAAUUGUUGCCUAUUGUUGUGGGCUAUAACGUAAAAAAAGAACUGGGAAAACCCAGUACAAGAAAGUUCUGAGAUUAAAAUUUAGUUGAACAUAUUCGUAUUACUGUUAAAAAUAUGUUAAAAUUUGUAAGCAUGAUGUGUUAAUAAUUAAAUAAUUGUUAAAAUAUAUCAUGACAAAAAUGUAUAUUUUGUUUUAAAAAUAAAACGAAUCUAAAU